CAUCAUGGAGGUCAUUCACAUCAACUCCUCUGUGCUCAACAUCUCUCACAGACCAGACAACUCCACUGUUGGAGAGAUGACAGUGUAUGAGCGAUGCAAGCACAUGCCCACUAUCCUCAUUUGGUACCUGGGCCUUCAGUUUAUCAACACGUUCCUGGGCAUACCAGCCAACCUCACCGUGCUGUGGCUCAUUCACAAGAACAAAGACUCCUCCUCCUCAGAUAUCUUCAUCUUUCAACUGGCGAUAUUAGAUGUGCUCUUCUGUCUCAUCCUUCCUCUUGAACUGGCCAACAAACUCUUCCUUGACACCAGCAGCACCUGGUUCGUCCUGCGCUUCUUCUACGGCCUGAAAGACUCCUCACCGCUGUUUCUUUCCUGCAUCUGCUUGGACCGGUACCUAGCGGUGGUCCACCCCAUCUUCUUCACUGAGCUCAAUGGCCGGCAUCACAGAACAGUCCUGGCCAUAGUGGUCUGGAUUAUCAUUUUGGCCUAUACCGCUGCUUAUUGUGUAGGAAACAUUCCCAACUUUAAUAAGGUCUUUCCGGCUAUGAUACCAGCAGCAUUUGCUUUCAUGGUCUUCUGCAACAUUGCCAUUCUGUGGGCGCUGCGGCAGUCAGGACCCGGCAGAGAUGAGAUGCACCCUAUGAAGAAGAGAGCCUUCAAAAUGGUCCUCAUCAUCCUGGCCAUCAUAGUGUUCCACUACCUUCCACCUGUGGCGCUGUUCCCCUUCGAAGAAUAUUUCUCUCCUGACGUGUUUCGAUGCUAUAUUCACUUCUUGGCCUUCGGCUUGAUGGAUUUCAGCAGUAGCGUUCAACCGAUGCUCUACCUCUCCAAGGAAAAGAUGCCACAGAGCCUCAACUGCUGUCACAGCUGCACCACUCAUGCACAGUAG